AUGUUAAAGAGCGGCCAGCGGCCAGCAUCCGACCUGGUCCGAAGCCUGAAGUCUCCAAAGGAAUUUGUUGACUUACUGUGGGGAGCACGGGCCACAGAGAUGAGAUCCUUUGUGGAUGUGGAGUCACUGUUUACCAACGUGACUGUGGAUAAAACAAUCGGGAUGAUGAUGGACAGAGUGUAUCGUGAUUCGGCUUGUACCACUGUUACGGUAUCAACACCGUUGCUGGAUUGGGGAGUGAUGAUUUCUGCGCCUGCUAUGGACCUGCACUCCAACUUCCAGGAAUUUGGUGAGAUGCGGACAACACCAUAUGUUGGCAGAGGUGUGGCGCCGAGCGAAGUGUUGUCAUCGCUUACGUCGACCGAGCUCUCACAGCUCUGGUUGGAAGCAGGUCAACUAAGAACUAGAGUAAUGCAGAUACUAGUCAAUAAUGUUUUCUAUAACUGUUAUGUUGAAGACGUCAUUAAGAGAAAGGUGACACGCCAUGCAACCCAUGAAGAAAACACCAGGUGGAAUCAGACCAAUAUGAACUACAUGGGUUGCAUUGCGGAAGCACAAAGCGCUGGCACCCAAGAUACAACGAGAUUAGAAAGGUCGAGUAACAACAAAUGGGGCAAGAUUAUCUUAAGCUGCAUCAGGGCAGCUUUAGGUGUUAACCACCCCACUGUUACUACAGCUCAGCACACUGUUACUACAGCUCAGCACACUGUUACUACAGCUCAGCACACUGUUACUACAGCUCAGCACACUGUUACUACAGCUCAGCACACUGUUACUACAGCUCAGCACACUGUUACUACAGCUCAGCACACUGUUACUACAGCUCGGCACACUGUUACUACAGCUCGGCACACUGUUACUACAGCUCGGCACACUGUUACUACAGCUCGGCACACUGUUACUACAGCUCAGCACACUGUUACUACAGCUCGGCACACUGUUACUACAGCUCGGCACACUGUUACUACAGCUCGGCACACUGUUACUACAGCUCGGCACACUGUUACUACAGCUCGGCACACUGUUACUACAGCUCAGCACACUGUUACUACAGCUCGGCACACUGUUACUACAGCUCAGCACACUGUUACUACAGCUCGGCACACUGUUACUACAGCUCGGCACACUGUUACUACAGCUCAGCACACUGUUACUACAGCUCAGCACACUGUUACUACAGCUCGGCACACUGUUACUACAGCUCGGCACACUGUUACUACAGCUCAGCACACUGUUACUACAGCUCGGCACACUGUUACUACAGCUCGGCACACUGUUACUACAGCUCGGCACACUGUUACUACAGCUCGGCACACUGUUACUACAGCUCGGCACACUGUUACUAUAGCUCAGCACACUGUUACUACAGCUCAGCACACUGUUACUACAGCUCGGCACACUGUUACUACAGCUCGGCACACUGUUACUACAGCACAGCACACUGUUACUACAGCACAGCACACUGUUACUACAGCACAUCACACUGUUACUACAGCUCGGCACACUGUUACUACAGCUCGGCACACUGUUACUACAGCUCAGCACACUGUUACUACAGCUCGGCACACUGUUACUACAGCUCGGCACACUGUUACUACAGCUCAGCACACUGUUACUACAGCUCGGCACACUGUUACUACAGCUCGGCACACUGUUACUACAGCUCGGCACACUGUUACUACAGCUCAGCACACUGUUACUACAGCUCGGCACACUGUUACUACAGCUCGGCACACUGUUACUACAGCUCGGCACACUGUUACUACAGCUCGGCACACUGUUACUACAGCUCGGCACACUGUUACUACAGCUCGGCACACUGUUACUACAGCUCGGCACACUGUUACUAUAGCUCAGCACACUGUUACUACAGCUCAGCACACUGUUACUACAGCUCGGCACACUGUUACUACAGCUCGGCACACUGUUACUACAGCACAGCACACUGUUACUACAGCACAGCACACUGUUACUACAGCACAGCACACUGUUACUACAGCUCGGCACACUGUUACAACAGCUCGGCACACUGUUACUACAGCUCGGCACACUGUUACUAUAGCUCGGCACACUGUUACUACAGCUCGGCACACUGUUACUACAGCUCGGCACACUGUUACUACAGCUCGGCACACUGUUACUACAGUUCAGCACACUGUUACUACAGCUCAGCACACUGUUACUACAGCUCAGCAUACUGUUACUACAGCUGGGCACACUGUUACUUCAACUCGGCACACUGUUAUUACAGCUCGGCACACUGUUACUACAGCUCAGCACACUGUUACUACAUCUCAACACACUGUUACCACAGCACAGUACACUGUUACCACUGUGUCCUGUAAUCUUUUCCUUGGACCCCUUCUCCUCUCCUUUACCUUGUGA